AUGCUCCUUCAAGCCCAAGCCACCCUCUGCUGGUUCCUGCCCUCCCAGGGGAAGCAGUGGGCAGAGAGCUCCUUCCCUGGCCCCUCCCAUCCAGGUCUGUUCCGGAGAUGGAGUUUCCCAUCUCCUCUACCCAAGCAGGCAGGAAGGCUUUGCCCACCGCUCGCCCCAUCUCGUCUCACAGAGCAGAGCUGUGGGAGGGAUUGGCAGCCUUCCUCUCCACCACCUGCCUGGUUUCUGCCUGACUUCUUCCUGGUGAGGGCUGGGACCCCUAGAUGCACCCCCAGAUGUUAUAUCGCCCUUGUGUCUGUCUGUGUGCGUGCGUGCAUGCGUGUGUAUGUUUGCGUGCAUGCAUGUGGCCCUUUUGAAGGAGCGGAACUGCAUCUGGCAUUUGAGGGAAGGUGCUGUGUUACUGGGGAGGGGGUCCUUCUGUUUGGUGCUACCCUUGUCUGCUCUGCUCCUGGGAUGGUGCAGGGUGCUUUCCCCACCCCCACCACUCCCUGCCCAGCUCCUCCCCUGCCCUGCACACACAGGCUUGUGGGUGAAGCUGCUCUGGAGGGCAGGGAGCAGCAGCAGACAGGAGGGUUACUAUCAGCCCUUACAGGUCCCCGAUUCAGGCCUCCUAAAGUUCCCUGGGUGGGCUCUGAUGAGAGGGUAAAAGAUGCUCAGGGAAACACAGGUCUAAGCUGCCUACAGGACCCUCCCUCCACAUUGCAGUGGGAUGAGACGUGGCAGCAGGAGUCAGGGUUGAUUUCUGCCCAUCCUCCUGGUUUUUGGGUGUCUCACUGCUAA